AGCAAGCACAGGCAUAGGCACCUUCGCUGAACAUUAAUACCUCUGCUGAUCGUGCUCGACCUGUUGGUAUUCUUCCUGACUACUGCCUCUGCUGCUGCUGCUUCCCGCUGCCUCUCUGCUCAGUCCCGUGCUAGGUCUCGUUUAUUUCUCUCGCCCGCUCGCUGCUGUUUAUUUCCUCGAAGUCCAACCACCACUUCUCCCGACUCUCUCCCGCCUUCUCUGUCAUCAGCCAACCGCUUUCGUCAUCAUGAACCCUGAAUACGACUACCUUUUCAAGCUCCUUCUCAUCGGAGACUCCGGUGUUGGAAAGUCUUGCUUGCUGUUACGUUUUGCCGAUGAUACAUACACAGAGAGCUACAUCUCCACCAUCGGUGUUGACUUCAAAAUCCGCACCAUCGAGCUGGAUGGAAAGACCGUGAAACUGCAGAUUUGGGAUACUGCUGGCCAGGAACGUUUCCGUACUAUCACAUCUUCCUACUACAGGGGUGCUCACGGUAUCUGCGUUGUCUACGAUGUGACAGACAUGGACUCCUUCAACAACGUCAAACAGUGGUUGCAGGAAAUUGAUCGCUAUGCCACAGAGGGUGUCAACAAGCUUCUGGUCGGCAACAAGAGCGAUAUGGAGGAUAAGAAAGUUGUUGAAUACACCGUCGCCAAGGAAUUCGCCGACAGUCUGGGAAUCCCAUUCCUGGAAACAUCCGCCAAGAGUGCCUCUAACGUCGAGCAAGCAUUCCUGACUAUGGCUAGACAGAUCAAAGAGCGGAUGGGCACUGCUACAGUCAACAACAAGCCUACAGUGCAGGUUGGUCAAGGCCAAGGGGUCCAGUCUGGCUCCGCCGGCGGUUGCUGUUAAAUGAGACCUUCCCAUGUUCGUUUAAUCAUCAUUUUGCUCUGAUGAGUUUGUUCAGAGUUUGACUGCAUCAUGACAACGCUUUCCUUGGUGGAUCUGUACAGGGUGUUCAUAGACUGGAACAGGCUCGUUCGUGUGCUUGCUUUGAUUACUCUCACGGGACCCUGUACCAGGCCGCUUUCUCCAAGCUUCUACAUCUCCAAUGAGCACAUGUCUCCUUUGGCAUUAAUGAUGCGUUGUUGUGUCUUGCGGGGACAUGCUCGAUAACGGUGUCUCUUGUGUGCCUUGGUCUACGUCCUCAUCCCUUGCUAUAUUUCUUUCGUGUGUCAUGUUACUCGUGUCCAGGUCUAUUUGUUCAUUCUCGGUUGUCUCUUCUUUCAGUUUGAUAUUUGUCACUUUCGUGUGUGUAGGCUGAAGUUACGCGUUUCUCUCCAAUAUGGACUAAUGACAAGCAAGAUACAAAUUUCUCCAAGGC